AUUAAAAGGCAUGUGCCUGCCCUUCCUCUUUCACUCGGCCUUGUUGGUAGACAGACUGAGACAGCAGAAAGCGCCUGGUCCUGAAAAACCACUUCUUCAGUCGAGAUGUCCCUGCGUUGGUGGGUGGCUCUGGUGGCUUUGAUUCCGCUGGCCUUGAGCACCAAUCCUGGGGUAAAGGUCAAACUAACAGAAAAGGGCCUUGAAUAUGGCAGACAACUGGGGAUGGCUUCAAUCCAGCAGAGGCUCAAAAGCAUCAAAAUCCCAGAUAUGUCAGGCAAAGAGAGGGUGUCUCCCAUUGGCAAGGUCAGGUACAGCCUGUCAAAUUUGCAAGUAGUGAAUGUGGGAUUACCACAGUCUGCAGUGGGUCUGGUUCCUGGGACGGGUGUCAGACUGUCCAUUGGUAAUGCCUUCAUCAGUCUGCGUGGAAACUGGAGGGUCAAGUACCUCCGAGUAAUAAAGGACAGCGGCUCUUUUGAUUUGAAUGUGAACGGACUCACCGUCGCUACAAGUAUCGCCAUCAAGAAUGAUGAGACGGGCCACCCUGAGGUCAGUAUCGCCAAGUGUGAUGCCGCUGUCGGCAGCGUGAACGUCAAAUUCCACGGUGGAGCCAGCUGGCUGUACAAUCUCUUCCGGAAAUCCAUUGGAAGGGCUUUACGAAAUUCAAUGCAGAAACAGAUCUGCCCUCUGGUGGUUGAGGCCAUAUCUGAUUUGAACCCUAAAUUGAAAACUCUCAACGUUGUAGCCCAGGUGGACCAGUAUGCAGAGAUUGAAUAUUCUAUGGUGUCAUCGCCCACAGUUUCUGAUUCUUACAUAGACUUUGGCUUGAAGGGUGAAUUUUACAACAUUGGGAAGCAUCAGGAGUCUCCGUUCUCCCCCACAGCCUUUUCCCUGCCACCCCAGAACAACAACAUGUUGUACAUGGGCCUGUCCGCCUUCACUACCAACUCUGCAGCCUUCGUCUACCACAAAGCCGGAGCCCUCAGCCUGUACGUCACCGACGACAUGAUUCCACAAGGCUCUCCCAUCCGACUCAACACCAGAACGUUCGGCGCCUUCAUCCCGCAGAUUGCCAAGCGCUUCCCAGGUCUGAUGAUGAAGCUGAUGGUGAAGACGGCGAAGACUCCCGUCAUCUCUUUUGAACCAAACAACGUGACAAUCCAGGCCACCGGCACGGUGACGGCCUACGCUAUCCAACCCAACACCACACUGACCCCUCUCUUCGUCCUAAACUUGGAGACCAGUGUCAGCGCCCGAGUGUUCGUCAGCGAAGUGAGGGUGGCUGGAGCUGUCUCCCUAAACAAAAUGAGUCUGACCCUGGGGACAAGCUAUGUGGGAGAGUUUCAGGUCAGAUCCCUGGACAGCAUCCUCCAAGUGGUCCUCAAACUGGUAGUGAUACCUACACUGAAUGUUCAACUUGCCAAGGGAUACCCGCUACCUGCGCUUGGAAAGACGAAGCUUGUGAACACCCAGCUUCAGGUCCUGAAGGACUAUAUUCUGAUUGGGACAGAUGUUGAGUUCACCAAUUGAACGCCACUUCUGGAAACUCCCAGGAUUCAUUUCUGCGCUGCACAUGAAGAUAUAAUCACAGCCAGAGUGCAACUACCCGACAGAAAAUUUAAAGAAAAAAAUGAAUCAUGUACUCUGUAAGCCGGAGAAAUAUGUUUGUAUCCUCGUCAUAUCUAUAUGAUUGUUCUGUUUUUUAUCUCACUUUUCUUCUCUUUACAAUCUGAACUCAGGCUUUCUUUAUAUAAAAUAUAGAUGGGGGAAGUGAAAUUUUCCAACAGGGUCACUGCAGUCGUAUCAUAACAGGACAGUCAGGACAGGGUUUGCUGUUUGUCACCACAAUCAUCUUUUUGUAAUAACAUGCUCCUUAAAGCAGAUCACAGCACUUUCUGCUGCUGACUUUGGGCAAAUUCUUUCUCAAACUUUCUGACUUUGCAGCUCACGGAGCGAUUCUGCAAAUUCGCUGAUCCGUGACAUUUUUACUGCAGUUUGCAGAGUCCUAUAAAAAAUGCCAAGAUAUCAAUCAAGCACCGCUGCUUCAGACAAAACAAAUCAGUCACAGUAGUUUGUAUAAGACGCUAUAAUUCACAUCAUCCUCACAGGGUUCAGGAUCUUAGGCAGUUUAUUACCACUGACAGUAUAAAUAACACAUUGCAGUUUUCACAGCAGUCCAGUGUGACUGCAAGAUGAUCAAAAUUCAUGUAAAGCCACCUUCAUGUGCCUUCAAAGUCAUUCAACAGAAGAUGGAAGUGUGCUAGUAUUCCCCCAAAAACAGAAGGGUGUGUUUCCAGUGGUGUCACCUGGGCCAGUCAAGGGCAUGUUUCAGUCAUGGCCGAGUCUGAGGCCACACGUCGGUCAAGCUGGCGCCUGGGCAGAGUCUCACGGUGCUGCACCGUGCCUCCGAGGGAGCUGUGAGCGAGGGCCCGGCCUCUCAGGCUCUGGGAGUUCGCCGACAAUACCUGUAUCAAAUACGCAAAAUAUCGGGGAAUGGAUGAGGGACUGAUGAAAUGUCCGACAGUGUCAGAUAAUACCUUUAAGCACUUGACUUGAAAUUAUGUCCUCCUACUGUACCACUGACUGGCAGGAAAUGCUUUUUUCAUGCUUGGAUCUUGUUACCUUUUUUGUGACGUUUGGUGUGUCACAUGUGCUUUACAUAAUGUUAUUAAAGGCGUGCCUACAUCUGAA